CUUGGAAUAAAUCUCAAAAGAUUAUGAAUUGUAGAUUUGGUGGCUUUCAAAGGUCUAUAAAAGGAGUGGCUAGCUAUAGCAAAGCAACAAGGGGGGAGACAUGGAAGGAGAGAAAACUUCACUAUCGGCCGGUGCCGGUGCCACCUCCAAGCUUCCUGCGGUGAAGGGGAGUAAAUAUAAUCCGACCUCUGAGAAUCAUAUAAAGAAAGUGGUUUCAGAGAAAGAUGGCAAAUCUCAGGGUUGUGCAAGCCGAAGGCAAGGGAGCAAAGAUGCGAGACCAGCACAGCCGGCUGAACCGAUCGAAUCAGCUUAUUUCGGCUCGUCGGUGAAUUACGGUGCCAGGGAUUUCUACACAAGCUCCCUGAUCAUGAACACUUCUGAGACUCCUAGCACUUAUAGGAAAGAUGGAGGGAAUGAUUUGGGAAGUUCAGACUUUGCCACAAGAGGUGAAUGGUGGCAAGGUUCACUUUACUAUUGAAGGUGAGCAAGUUUAUUCUACCUCAUGUCGAUAGAAGGUUUUAUCAGGGGUGACGGAUGUGACCUAAAGAUUGUUUUCUUUGCUUGUGUUGUUAAGUAAAAUAGGAUGCUUGUGAGCAACAAACUGUAUCAAUUGGUCUGUUAUUUGCAAGAAUCUGUUCCAGUAAUUUUCAU